GACCGAAAGUAACAAUAACAAGAAGCCCAGCUCAGUGUUGCCACGGCCGAUGGCUUCAAGGAGGGGGGAGAGAGAGAGACGAGAGAGAGAGCCCAAUCCCAAUCCCAAUCCUCCAACGUACUUGCCUAUGAAACUUCGUCAUCUUCGAUAUACCAAAGUGGCUGUAGUUCCUUCUCCAUCGGCAAGGCAUAUCCAUUUCCUCCUCUCCUCUCCUCUCCUCUUCUUAUUCUGCUUCUCACUGAAUCUGUCAUGCAUCAUUCUUUCCCUGCUUCGUCUCUCAGAAAAUUUGGCCUUCGCUCUUCAUUUCUUCUCCUCCUUCGUCUUCUUCUUCUUGAUGCCUGCCUAUUUUAAUAUUGCUUGGAUUCUCUUGAUUGAGUGUCGGUUGAACUAGGGAUCCAUAAAAGGUUCUGAACUUAAAGUUCGUUUCUUCUUUAUGCCAGUCUAUUUUUCUGUUGAGGUUUUGAUUGGCCAAGAGUUGCAUACAGAAUUCCAACUUCUCUGGGUUUUCUCGAUUGAACCAGAGAUGCAUGAAAAACUUCAAUUUUAGAUCUUCUUUGAUGCAGCCCAAAACUUUUCUAUGCUUUCUCGAAUCAGUUUUAGUUGAAGAUGCAUGAAAGAUUCUAUAUUUUAGAUUUCUUCUUCUUGCCGGCAGCCUAACUUUUCUUUGGGUUUUGUUGAUUAACAAACUUCUUCUUGAUGCUUGCCUAAUUUUCUAGUUGCUUUUACAUCCUUAUGGUAGAAUUUCUUAGUCUAGUCAUGUCUCUUGUGUAAAAACUUAAACGGGAAUACAGAAAUAUAGGAUAAGCUAUAACGCAGUCACAGUGGACAUCUUUUGGCAGGCGACCAUGGGGGAGGUCGAUACAAAACCCAUCGAGUCAGUGCAGGCUGCGUUAUCUCUGUUUGGCGAGAAAAGUGAGCAGAGGAAGAAGAAGCGGUCUUCCAGCGGCAGUGAUGAUUCUGACGAGAGAGAGAAUGAUCUCCAAGGGUUGCUCAAGGGCUUGGCCAACCACAAGGUCCAAUUAGAAGCAAAGGACUCGGCCUACAAGCAAGCCCUUCUAAAGCUUGACCAGCAUCAGAAAACAUCCGAUGAACUCGCUGUCAUGCUCAAGAAUUACGAGUUUGAGAAAGACAUAUACAUGAGUGAAUGCAAACAAGGUAGAAUGAAGAUACACAACCUUGAAUCAAACAUGAAGCAGAUCUCUGAUCAGCUAUCCGAGAGCGUAAAGAUGCGGGAGCAGCUCUCUGUUUUCGGAGCAGAGUUGAAGGCUACGCGGGCAGAGCUACUCAGAAUGGAGUCGGAGCUCGCUGCUGCCAGAGAUGAAAAGCUUGGGGCCCUAAGCAAAGCAGAAAUUGUGGAAACUGAACUACGAACCGAAAAGGGAAGGACUGGAGAGCUUCUGAAGCAGGUACUGGACCUGGAGGAGGCUAUUGUGCAUUUGAAGCUGGCUGCUGCCGAAGAAGAGAAAGAGAUGUCGGCUCGUCUAUCAGAGAAAGAGGUUGAAUUAGGGCUAGCAAUGAGAAAAGCAGCGGAAGCAAUGGAGCAAGUUGAGAGUAUGAGAAACGAAUUAGAAGCUCUGCAGGAUUUGGACAAUCAGCUCGCGGCCAAGUCUGGAACCAUGGAGGAGCAGCACAGGGAUGGCAUUUAUACGGAAUUAAACCGGCUGAAAUUGGAGCUUGCCGCGCAGGAGAGGAAGAACUCGGAUCAAAUAGGAAGAACAACAGAAGAGGCGAACGACCUGCAGAACUCUGAGACGGAGAGGCUGAUGAGCGAAAUGGAGAAGAUGGCAAUCCAGAUGGAGGAGAUGAGAGCGAGGGAGACGGAGGCACAGGUGGAGAUAGCAAUGCUGAAAUCGGAGCUCCACAAAGGGAGGUCGAAAGUUGCAGCGGCAGAGGCAGCUGAAGCGAGAGCGUUGAGCGAGAAGUUGGCCCGUAAUCUGGCAGUUCAGCAGCUGGCGCUAGAAGCAGAAGAGGCCAAGAGAGAGGUUGGUAGGUUAAGAGCAAAAGCUGCUGCAGGAAGGGCGGCCCAACAAGAACUCGCUGAAUCAGCAGAGUAUGUGAAGAUUGGGAAGGAGGAAUACGAGGCGUUGAUUAAGAAGGCGGCAUCAGAAGCACAAGGCGGCGGGGUGGUGGUGCCAGUGCCACAGAACAAGAACCUAGUAUACGGAAUGGAAACCAACCUGAGGAAGGAGUUGGAAAUGGCGAUGGUGAAGAUUGGGGAGUUGAGGAGCAGAGCAGAGCAGGCGGCGAGCAGGGCGGAGGCGGCGGAGAAGGCGAAAGCGGCGUUGGAGGAGCAGAAGAGGAGUCGACAGGAGAGGAGGGAGAGGCGAAAGGCGGCAUGGGCUGCCCUCAAGGAGGAGACGGGCGACUAUCCAUUAAUGGAAGAAGAAAGUAGCAUUAAUGGUGGUAGGAUUGGGCAUCAUCAUCAGGACUCUCCCAAGACGGAUCAACCAUUGUUUCAGGUUCUCAACAUGAAAUUCUAGCACAAAAACAGCAUGAAUGUUUCAUCCUUUGAUUGUUUGUUUAUUGGCUACUUCUCAAUCACAAUAGAAAAUUAAUGCAUUUGCUAUGGGUUGCAGUGCCA